ACAGGGCUGUCUGUCUGCUGCUGCUGCUGCUGCUGUACACCUCUUUGUCUGCUCAGCUGGAGUGUGUGUGGGUGUGUGUGUGUAUUGGUAGUGCCAGUCCAUUCAGUGAAGCCAAGUGGAUUGAUCAAUCUAAAGCAGCAUGUGGGCUCCACAAAAAGAGCAGGCUCGCCCUGCUCUUGGGGCUAACUGCUGAGCAUGCUGGGUAAAGCUCCGCCUACUACCAGUAGCCUCAACCUGGUGAACUCUGAGGACACCACAGCGGCCCCGGACGCACACGACGGUAUCACCAUGGCCGACCUCGUGGAGAGCCUGGAUACCAGAGAGCUGGACAUAGGGGAGGGAGAGGAGAACGACUACGAUGGAAACUACUUAGGGGACUGUCGUAUCCCAUUUUCAGCUGUUUAUGCCACAGUGGGCUUCAAGGAAACCAACGCUAAGGUCUACCUUCCCACUGUUCCCAUUACUGCCCGCAUACUGGAGGUGGAGAGAUUCACCACACAAGACCGCUUCAACCUGUCGCACCAAAGGAGCGUCAACAAGUCUCUGCCGGCAGUGUUUAAGAUUGAGCUGAAGCACGGUGAGUUUACCUGGGUGGUAAAGAGGAAAGAGAAACAUUUCAUGGAGCUGCACAGAGAGCUGAGGACGUACAAGACCUUCAUGAGGAUACCACUGCCGUCACGCAGCCACACAGUGAGGAGGAGGACAGUGAGGAAGAGCGAGGUGAGGGAGAUGCCCUCGCUGCCUAGGGGAGGAGGGGACGAGCUGGUGCGAGAUGAACAGGUCUCCAGCAGGAGGAGACAAUUAGAAGACUAUUUGAACAAGCUGCUGAAGAUGGCAAUGUACCGCAAAUAUCACCAUACUAUGGAGUUCAUUGACAUCAGCCAGCUGUCCUUCAUUCAUGACUUGGGGCCAAAAGGACUGGAGGGGAUGAUCUAUAAGCGCUCAGGCGGACAUCGUAUCCCUGGCAUGAACUGCUGUGGUCACAGCCAGGCCUGCUACCGCUGGUCCAAACGCUGGCUGGUGGUGAAGGACUCGUGCCUGCUGUACAUGAAGCCAGACACAGGGGCCAUCUCCUUUGUCCUGCUGGUAGAUAAAGAGUUCAGCAUCAAGAUGGACUCCAAAGACACCGAGACCAAACAUGGAGUCCGGAUUGACAGCCUCUCCAGGACCCUGGUGUUUAAGUGCAGCAGCUACAGACACGCACGCUGGUGGGGUCAGAGCAUCGAGAGCUUCGUGAGGAGUCAUGGGAAGGCUUUCCUUCGAGAUCACCGCUGCGGAUCGUUUGCACAGGAACAGGAAAACAUUCCCGCCAAAUGGUAUGUAAAUGGAAAGACUUACAUGGAAGAUGUGGCUGAUGCUUUGGAGGAGGCUAAAGAGGAAAUCUUUAUCACUGACUGGUGGCUGAGUCCAGAGAUCUUCCUGAAGAGACCUGUAGUGGAGGGCAACAGGUGGAGGCUGGACUGUACCCUCAAACGCAAAGCACAACAAGGAGUGCGCAUCUUUGUGAUGUUGUACAAGGAGGUGGAGCUCGCUCUGGGCAUCAACUCAGGCUACAGCAAGAGGACCCUCAUGCACCUGCACCCCAACAUUAAGGUGAUGCGCCAUCCAGACCACGUCUCCUCUUCCGUCUAUCUGUGGGCGCAUCACGAGAAGAUUGUUGUCAUCGACCAAUCCGUCGCCUUCGUGGGGGGGAUCGACCUGGCAUACGGCCGCUGGGACGACAGAGAGCACCGGCUGACUGAUGUCGGCAGUGUGACGCGCUCUGUGGCUCUUGAGCAGGCUGCCUCCACCAACACUUCGUCCGGUAAAGUCAUGUUCUCUGUUGAUGACGUCUCCAAGAGCAAUGGACGAGGAACGCCGCCCAGUGAUCCGGUGGACUUGCCUAAACUGAAGGGGAUCGGACGCAGCAGGAAGGCUCGCUUCAGUCUGUACAAACACCUGCACAAACACACACUGCAGCACGCAGACAGCGUCAGUAGCGUCGACAGUGCAGGGAGUGGUUCAGUGCAGAGCCUAAAGACAGGUGUUGGAGAGUUACAGGGCAAUACACGCUUCUGGCAUGGAAAAGACUACUGCAACUUUGUCUACAAGGACUGGAUCCAGUUGGAGAAACCUUUUGAUGACUUCAUCGACCGCUACACCACUCCCAGGAUGCCUUGGCAUGACAUCGCCGCAGUGGUUCAUGGCAGAGCUGCUCGGGACGUGGCCAGACACUUCAUUCAACGCUGGAACUUCACUAAGAUCAUGAAGCCAAAGUAUCGCUCUCUGUCUUAUCCAUUCCUGCUGCCCAAGUCUCACUCCAGUGCCAAUGAGCUCAGAUACCAAGUCCCUGACUGUGUCAACGCCAAAGUGCAGGUGUUGCGGUCUGCAGCAGAUUGGUCGGCAGGCAUAAAGUACCACGAGGAGUCCAUCCACAAUGCCUACAUCCAGGUCAUCGCCAAGAGCAAACACUACAUUUAUAUAGAGAACCAGUUCUUCAUCAGUUGUGCCGACAACAGGACGGUCUACAACAAGAUCGGAGACGCCAUCAUCGAGAGGAUCAUCAGAGCGCACAAGGAGGGUAAGAAGUACCGUGUGUAUGUGGUCACCCCUCUGCUUCCUGGCUUCGAGGGCGACAUCACCACCGGAGGAGGAAACGCCAUCCAGGCCGUCAUGCACUUCAACUACAGAACCAUGAUCAGAGGAGAAUACUCCAUCAUCUCCCAGCUGAAAAGAGAGAUGGACGACCACUGGAUGAAUUACAUCUCCUUCGCUGGCCUGCGGACUCACGCUGAGCUGGAGGGACGUCUGGUCACAGAGCUCAUCUACGUCCACAGCAAAAUGCUCAUCGCUGACGACAACACAGUCAUCAUCGGUUCUGCUAACAUCAACGACAGAAGCAUGCUGGGUAAACGCGACAGCGAGGUGGCGGUGAUUGUCGAGGACUCAGAAAAGGUCCCUUCAAAGAUGGAUGGAAAGGAGUAUGAAGCUGGACCCUAUGCACUUCAGCUUCGCCUCGAAUGCUUCAGGACUAUCCUCGGAGGUCACACUGACACCAGUAUUGACGUUUCUGACCCCAUCAGUGAUCGCUUCUAUAAGGAGGUGUGGAUGACCACAGCUGGACGCAACGCCACCAUUUAUGAGAAGGUAUUCCGUUGCCUUCCUUCCUCCCUGGUGAGGAACAUGUCCGAGCUUGAACAGUACCAGUCCAAACCAGGUUUGGCCCAGACUGACCUAGGCCGCGCACAGGAGGAGCUGCGCAAAAUUCGAGGCUUUUUGGUCCAGUUUCCUCUGGACUUCCUGUCUGAACAGAACCUCAUGCCUUCUGUUGGAACGAAGGAGGCCAUGGUUCCAACUGAGAUCUGGACAUAAAGGAUGUGCAAACACUGCCGGCCACUUCCACGUUCUUGAGCAUCUUGAUGGAGAUACCUGGAUUAUUCUUGUCAUCAAAUGUGUAUCGUUGGAUUUGCAAGAGAUCUCUUUUAAUCCUGAGAUGAGUCUCCUUUGGAUUGAUUCCACUGCUGGGCAUCGACAAAUCCCUUAAAUCUGCUUCUACUGUAAAACAGUAGUUACGGCUCAUUUGGCAUUAACACUUUUGGGAUAUAUGAAGAACAAAAAGACUUAGCACUUUAGAGGAUAACAUUUUUGACUGUGGAGAUGAAAAACAGGCACAUGAACUUAGGGUUUUGGGAAUCAACUCAACUCUGGACACUUGGACCUUUGGACUGCUGGGAAAGCUCACAAGACAGCAAAGAUCUCCAAGGAACUGGGGUGAGGCUGCAGAACAUUUUCGACAAUGAUGCCAACAAACAUUCAGCUCUUAGUUCAAAGCGAUCAUAACAUACACAGAGAUGGCGAUGCAUGUGAUUUACAUUUGUUACGAGUUUGUGAUGUAUGCUCGUAAGGUGCAUUAGUGAAACAUACGCUGUGUAUGAGCUCACAGACAGGUUGCUCAGAUGCGUCUGAAGGAUCUUUUUUGUCAAACAUAUCCAAAACAUGUGAUUGCUCUUUUUACAAAUUCAACAUUGGUGCAUGAUUUUACUAACUGUGCUCAAUCUUCUUAACUUGAUUGCUAAAAAUGCAUGUACCAAUCACAUCUCUGACAACCCACAGAGACAUUAUAUUUUCUGUCAAAGUGACGGAUAAUUAUUCGACAUGAGGUCUGAACUUUUCUGCUGAAAUCAAAGUGAAUUGUGUUGAGCUGAUCCAGGUAUAAAAGCUAAUUCAACUCAGUGACAUUAUACUGGGUGCAGAGGCGUGAGCAGUAAGUUAUUACAGCCGAGGGUGUAUAGAUUAAAGGCUGCAGUCAUAGGUGUAGAUUUCAGGGGGGGCACAGGGGACACCUUCCCCUAGAUUUUUAUAACGUGCAUUUAUCCACUUCAGUAGGAAAUAGGAAUGUGUCUUGAUCAGCAGCAAGUCUACCAUAUUGAAAGGAUAAGGCUAAGAGUGCCAUCUGCUGGUUGUUGACUGCAAGUGUCAAAAUAAACAGCUGAACUCUAAAAAUCAUUACUGAGUAAAUACGAUUUAAAUCACCAAAUUUAGUAUACAAAUUAUUCAGUCAGAUACAAAUGAAGGCUAAUGUGUUAUUUAUUUUGCUAUAUACUGGUAGUUAAAUUAUGCAUGAUUAACAAAUGUUUUAAUAUGUUUUAAUAUAACUACCAUUAUAAAAUUUUCUAUAUAGAACUUUUAAAAACAAAAUUUACAAAGUGAUUUUAACAAAUAAAGCAAAUCAGAAAUGGGAUACAUAGGCGGUGAUAGAACAACUGAAAGCCAAACAGUCCUAUUGUCUAGGGUAGAAACAGCCAAACAGUCCUUCUACUAGGGUAGAAGAAGGAUAAAAUAAAAACCAGAGGACAAAUAAUGCAGCAUGCAAGACGUAGAAUGUCAGUAUAAAAUAAUACAAAGAA